GGAGUGACCAAGAACUCAUGACUGCUUGUUUGUUUCCUAUUGCAGGUCCCAGAAGCUGGGGUUUCCCCUCAGCCCUUGAGUGGCCAUGUCCAAUCCCACUGCCCCGCCUCCCUAUGAGGACCGCAACCCCCUGUACCCUGGCCCUCCACCUCCUGGGGGCUAUGGGCAGCCAUCUGUCCUGCCAGGUGGAUACCCUGCCUACCCUGCCUACCCCCAACCUGGUUACGGUCACCCUGCUGGCUACCCACAGCCAAUGCCUCCCAUCCAUCCAAUGCCCAUGAACUACGGCCAUGACUAUGGUGGGGAGGAGAGAGCAGCAAGUGACAACUUUGGCCAUGGAGAAUGGGAUGACCGGAAAGUCCGACAUAACUUCAUCCGAAAGGUGAGAUGGGGCUGGAGCUUGGGCGGGGGGAACUAGGCACAGGCACACAUUCCACAUAAACACCUCAGUUACCUGCCUCCUUGUAGUUCUAUACCCCGCCUCAGAGAGGAUCCCCCUCUUUAUGAUCCCCUUUGGGAUGCUGGAGUCCACCCGGGGAAGUCUACUUGUAUUCUGCUCUCCCCUCUCUGCCCACUGUUCCCUAAGACAGCAAGCAGCUGGGAACUGAAUGAGCAUGCUGUCUCUAAGCCACCACGCAUCCCUUCUUUCAGCCCUUUAACAGAGAACCACUCUCAGUACCGAAGCCGGCAAAGCUAGCUAGAUGUUGGAUAGGAGGAAAGGGGCCAAGAAACAGCUGGAGAGGCCAGUCUGCAGUCAGGGAAGAAUCUGUGAGGGCUCAAAAAGUGGAGUCUUCCAAAUUACAGUUAUUCUUUUAUCUUUUCAAGAGAGAUUUUAUUUUUAAUUAAGGUGUAUAUGUGUUUGUAUGUGUGUGUGUGUAGUAUCCAAGGAGUCCAGAAGCUAGAGGUACAGGUAGUUGUGAGCUGCCUGAUGUGGUUGCUGGGAACUGAACUCAGAUUCAUGAGCAAUAUAUGCUCUUAACCACUGAGCCCUCUCCCCGGCCAGAGCCUUCCAAACUUCUUAUUUUUUUUUAAUAUUUAUUUAUUUACUUAUUAUGUAUACAUUGUUCUGUCUGUGUGUAUGCCUGCAGGC